GGGGGGUUCGUGAGAGAAUCCUCCCAUCGCUAAGAUGGGGAGCCGGGGGUAACGCCAGAAGCGGGGGAGCCGGUACCACGAGACCCCCCCACCCCCACCCGUGAGGGGGAGCAGCAGCAAUAUAACAAUAGACAUGAAGGAAGAAGCUCUUCCAUUUGAAGAGAAUUCCCGAAUUCAGUGAAGUGAGUGGAGGGAUGGUGCAGAAAAUCAUAUGUUCUUAAAUCUGAUGUACCAGAAGAACUUCGAGUUGUGAAUGGUUCAGAAAAACGUUAUUUCACUUCUACAAUUGCAAACCAGCUACUGCUUGUUUCUCUGCUAGAACAUCUUUGCCACCUGUAUGCACAAAAUCCUGUUCAAUCAAGAUGUUUGUUCCAAAGAUCUGUUUAUCAGUACUAUACCAGUGUCUCUACUGUCUAUCCCAAGUAAUCUGUCGGACAUUUACUAGAAUGGGCUUGCUCUCCUCUUUUGCCUUCUGUGAUGAAUUUAGUACUUUAAGAUUGCAACAUAAUAGAGCCAUUACUCAAUUAAUGAAAGCAGCUAAUCAACAAAUACUUGAAGAGCUUGACAAUGGAGAUUCUCACAUAGUCAGUGAAAAAGAAGUUCUCUUUGAAGCACAAACUUCACGCUACUUAAAUGAAUUUGAUGAGAUUGCAAGACUAGGAAAAGGGGGAUAUGGUACAGUAUACAAGGUCAGAAACAAAUUAGAUGGACAGCUCUAUGCAAUUAAAAAAAAUCUUAUUAAGAAAGCAACCAAAAGAGAUUGCAUGAAGGUAUUGCGAGAAGUUAAAGUGUUGGCUGGCCUGCAACAUCCUAAUAUUGUAGGCUAUCACACUGCUUGGAUAGAACAUGUUCAACAAGCAUGUCCAAAAGAUAAGACAGUCCUGAAGCUGCAGUCACUCAAAAAGUCUUCUGACCAAGAGAGUGGCGAAGACCAGUGUCAUAUUCAAAAUAUGGAAAGCAGCAGUUCCAUUAUCUUUGCUGAUCUUACCUCAGAAGAAAUUAAAUCCUUUGGAAAUACCUUUCUUGAGAAUCAAGAUAAUAAAUCAGUGCAGCAUAUGGAUAUAACGAAAGAUUUUACCAGUGGAGAUGGUGAAGAAAGAAUAAAAAUGAAUAAAUGUGAACCACUCACUGACUCACAAGAAAGUUGCAUAAAUAGUACUGCCAAUGGACCAGUUUAUUUAAAAAAUCAUCUAUCACAUGGACUUCAUUCUAGUAUGAAUAAAGAGAGUAUCAUUUCAAGUGAUUCUUGCACUGAAGGCGAAUGCUCCGAGAAACAUAUGUCUGUGCACAGGCAGUGUGAGAUGGAGUAUUGUCUGAUGCUUCAUAUACAGAUGCAACUGUGUGAAAUCUCCUUGUGGGACUGGAUUGUUGACAGAAACAAAAGAUGUGGUGAGCGAACAGAGGAAUCUUCCAGUCCUUAUCACCUUGUGGAUGUCAGGUGGACAUCAAAAAUUUUUCAAGAGUUACUGGAAGGAGUAUACUAUAUCCACAGCAAGGGAGUCGUACAUCGAGACAUUAAACCCAGAAAUGUCUUUCUAUAUGGAUCAGACCACCAUGUGAAAAUAGGAGAUUUCGGACUGGCUUGCAGAGAUAUUAUACAGGAAAACCCAAACCACUGGUUAAAGACAGAGAAGAUAAAUGGACUAAAACAUACUUCAGGAGUCGGUACUUGUCUGUAUGCUUCACCAGAACAGUUGCAAGGAUCUCACUAUGAUUUCAAGUCAGACAUGUACAGUGUGGGUGUAAUUCUUCUAGAACUUUUUCAGCCAUUUGGAACAGAAAUGGAAAGAAGCAAAAUUUUGACAAGUUUAAGAAAUGGCCAUGUUCCUAGUUCUUUUAGCAACAAAUGGCCAGUACAAACCAAGUAUGUUAAGUUGCUAACCAGUGAGGUAUCAUCACAGAGACCAACUGCUGCUCAGCUUCUUGAAAGUGAACUGUUUCAUAAUACAGAAAAUGUUAUUUGUAGUCUACAGCAGAAGGUGAUGCAGCAAGAGGAAGAAAUUGAAAAGCUUAAGGAGAAAAUAAAAUUGCUUUCAAGAGAAAAAGAAGAUAAAGAUAAGCACAAGAGGCUUGGUUCUCCAGUUUAAGUAGAGCAUCAGUCAGACUGGGUAUACAUGAGUAGGUCAAUAUAACCUAUAAACUUAUGUAAAGUUUCUUAUAUAAAUAUUUAAAAACAC